ACGAACCUCUCGAGCGAGAGAACCUACAGCGUGAAUCAUCCACAGAGAGAGAGAAAGUCAUAAAUAUCAUGGGUUGUUGUUCGAGCAGCAUGAAAAUCGAAGAGCUGAUGGCCAGGCCAGAGCUGCAUGGCAGCAGCUACAAUUUGGCAGCAGGCAGUGCCAGUGGCAGUGGCAAGCGUCUGUAUAGCAGUCGUAAUAGCAGCGGCAUGGGCAGCAGUUCCUGCAACAGCAGCACACGGAGCAGCAAUCGAAGCAUUUGGAGUCGCAGCAGAGCCAUCUGCGAUGACUUUUCCGAGCAGCCGCUGCAGCAGCAGCAGCAGCAGCAGCAGGACCUGGAACGUUCCUGCGGCUACUACACAUGCAGCAGCUCGGCCUCGACGCCCACAAAGCAGCAUCAGCAGCAGCAGCAGCAGCAGCAACAGCUGAUGCGCACCCAGGACAUGAGCAACAGUUCCGCCACAUCGAACGAUUCAAAUGAGUCGACAAACUGCAUUGAUGCCACACCAAUGGCCAGCAAUCUGGAGUGGGAGAUGUACAUGAUGCAGCAGGCGCAGCGAAUUAUGCCAAAGACCUCGUCGCCCAUCAGUCAGCGACGUGGUGGGCCUGGCGUUGAUUCCUACAACAAGUGGCGCAACUAUCUGCAGGGCACACCCGCCCACAUGCUGCACAAUGUCAGCCACAUACCGGAGGCCAUUGCUGGCCACUUCUGCCCCACCAACUUUCCGGCCUUUAGCGAUCUAGAGGAAAUGGAGAGUGCAGCCAAGCGCUUUAAGGUGGAUGUGCACAUGCAGGAGGAGCCACAGGAGGAGCAGGAGCCACUGUACACCACCUCACAGCUGCUGGCGGGGCAUACGCACACCAUCACCACGGACCUGUAGC